CAAGUUACUGUGGAAAUUUGAAUUGGAUGAGUACACCUAGCAGUAGAGGUAGCAGUAGUACUGAUCUCUAUGGCUAGCCAGCUGGCUCGACCUGGUUCCAAGGCCUAGAAGACGACACGCACAAGGGACUCGGCGACACUGACCCGUCCGUCCUCACCGUCGCACAGUGUGAGUGAGCGAGUCCACUCCUCGUCGCACGCCUGCCUGCGUCACCACCACUCCACUCGUCGCUGCCCCCAUAAAAUCCACGCCGAACCAAAACCCCACACCCAAAUCCAAGCAUCCAUCCCUCCGCUCCGCCCGCCUCCCCGCUCACAUGCGCGCAACCACCGCCAUGCCCCCUCCUCCCGCGCUGCCGGUUUGCCUCCUCCUCCUCCUCCUCCUCUUGCUCGCCGUGCCGAGGCCCGCUGCGGCGGCGGCGGCGGCGGCGGCGACGCGGCCGCUGCUGUUCGAGCUGCGGGCGCGGCAGGUGCCGGCGGGGGCGCUGCCGCGGCCGGCGAGCAAGCUGCGGUUCCACCACAACGUCAGCCUCACCGUCUCGCUCGCCGUCGGCACGCCGCCGCAGAAUGUCACCAUGGUGCUCGACACCGGCAGCGAGCUGUCGUGGCUGCUCUGUGCGCCCGGCGGCGGCGGGGGUGGGGGCGGGAGGAGCGCGCUGUCUUUCCGGCCAAGGGCAUCGCUUACCUUCGCCUCCGUGCCCUGCGACUCCGCGCAGUGCCGAUCCCGCGACCUGCCGUCGCCGCCGGCCUGCGACGGGGCCUCGAAACAGUGCCGCGUGUCCUUGUCCUACGCGGACGGGUCCUCCUCCGACGGUGCGCUCGCGACGGAAGUCUUCACCGUGGGGCAAGGGCCGCCGCUGCGCGCGGCGUUCGGCUGCAUGGCCACCGCGUUCGACACCUCGCCCGACGGCGUCGCGACCGCCGGGCUGCUGGGCAUGAACAGGGGCGCCCUCUCCUUCGUCUCCCAGGCGAGCACCCGCCGCUUCUCGUACUGCAUCUCCGACCGCGACGACGCCGGCGUGCUCCUCCUAGGCCACAGCGAUCUCCCCUUCCUGCCGCUCAACUACACGCCCCUGUACCAGCCGGCCAUGCCGCUCCCCUACUUCGACCGCGUGGCUUACUCCGUCCAGCUCCUCGGCAUCCGCGUCGGCGGCAAGCCACUCCCCAUCCCGGCGUCCGUUCUCGCGCCGGACCACACCGGCGCCGGGCAGACCAUGGUGGACUCCGGCACGCAGUUCACCUUCCUCCUCGGCGACGCCUACUCCGCAUUGAAAGCCGAGUUCUCGAGACAGACCAAGCCCUGGCUCCCGGCGCUCAACGACCCCAACUUCGCGUUCCAGGAGGCGUUCGACACAUGCUUCCGCGUGCCCCAGGGGCGCGCGCCGCCGGCGAGGCUCCCCGCCGUCACGCUGCUGUUCAACGGCGCGCAGAUGACGGUGGCGGGGGACAGGCUCCUGUACAAGGUCCCCGGCGAGCGCCGUGGCGGCGACGGCGUGUGGUGCCUCACGUUCGGGAACGCGGACAUGGUGCCCAUCACAGCGUACGUGAUCGGGCACCACCACCAGAUGAACGUGUGGGUGGAGUACGACCUGGAGCGCGGCCGCGUCGGCCUCGCGCCCAUCCGCUGCGACGUCGCCAGCGAGCGCCUCGGCCUGAUGCUGUGACCGCCGGACGCCGGCGAACUCCACCGUGGUAGUAGCUUCCUGGUGUAAAUUUAACCACGCGCCGUGUGACCUCAGCUACUACUAGUACUAGUAGGGUUUUUGCAUGUAAAGAUGGCGACACGUAUGUACAUUAUGCAUGUAGACGUCUCCUUUCGUUGUCACGCUC